CGCAGAAGGUCUCUCUCUGCCUGGCUGCGCCGCAAUAUGUUCUGCCCCGCAGAAACAGCGACGCAAAGUAGGUGGGAGAUGGCAUAAAAUUUUGACCUGGCCGCUGCGUUGGAUGUCAAAGCUGAAAUGAUGCGUGACAAUGGCAGAUGCGACCCGAGUGUGUGGAUGUGAGGGGCGCUGCGCAAGUGUUCUUAAACCCCUGCGGCCUGAGCUAGCCAUCUAGCUGAGCAUCCAACUUUCACCUUAGUCACACGCCACCACCCGGAGAAUCCCAAGCUAGAAGAGGUCGUCGUCCUACCGUGCGCUUCAUCACAGGAAACAUAAACCUAAUGGGUCUCCGCAUGCUUGUUCUACCAGUGCUCUUAGGGUUGUUUUAUGGAGCAAGUGACAUUAAUUGCUCAGCAGUUCGUGGUAACACCACAAAUCACCGUUCACUGCUUGAUUUCAAAGGGGCCAUCAGAGCGGACCCAAGAGGAGCCUUAAGCUCUUGGAAUGAGAACAUCCACUACUGUAUGUGGUCGGGCAUCAAGUGCAGCACAUGGCACCCAGAACGUGUUACGGUGCUAAACCUUGCCAACCUGAGCUUGACAGGCCAAAUCACACCCUCUCUUGGAAAUCUAACCUUCCUUCGGGAACUAAAACUAUCCAAUAAUCUCCUAUCUGGCCAGUUGCCACCUUUCAAUCGUCUUAUACGAUUACGGGUCCUUUACCUACAUGAUAACUUAUUGCAAGGGAGCAUUCCGAAUGCUCUUACAAAUUGUUCCGAACUCGUUGGGCUAGAUCUCUCUUCUAACAUGCUAGUGGGUUCAAUUCCCCAAAAUAUAGGUUCGCUCUCCAAUCUUGUAGGAAUCGACCUUUCCAAUAAUAGCCUCACAGGAAACAUUCCGCCAACCUUCGGCAACAACACUUACUUAGAAGAGCUACGACUUACCCACAAUCAACUCAAAGGACGCAUUCCCGAAGAUCUUGGGAAAUUGCCGAAUAUGGGGAGGAACCGGGCGGUGUUUCUCGGUCAGAAUAGGCUAUCGGGUAGAGUUCCAACAACAUUGUUUAAUCUAUCCAAGCUUAUAAUACUGGACUUGAGUACAAAUAAGCUAAGGGGCACAUUGCCAUACGAUAUCGGUAAUCUAUCUGUUUCGGUUCAAUGGCUACUUUUGGGUGCAAACAACUUGUCUGGGACAGUGCCACCGAGCAUUGGGGCCCUAAAGAACCUAACAGUUUUAGAUCUUGGAGGAAACAACUUCGUUGGACCUAUACCGUACUCCAUCGGCAAUCUGGCAAAUUUACAGAGGCUCUACCUUUCCAAUAAUCAUUUUGACGGUUGGUAACACAGCGACGCUGCUUGACGGCCAACAACUUGAUUAGACUGGUUGGCCGAGCCAAGGGAUGUUGUUUGCUGUGCUAGUGCAAUGGCCCGACGAGGGCUCUGCGCGCGCCUCCCUGUCCUUGCAUGGCUGCGCGAUAAUUUCUAUUAGCAGGUCUGGUUACUCUGUUCCGCGCUGCAGUUUUCUUUUUCUUGUUCUCCUUAGCGAGUUCCUAUGUAUUUCAGCUGGUCUGUCCCAGUGUAUGCGUUUGAUAUGUACGUACGGUUUGUGUACGUGUGCACCUCAU